AUGGAUUCGGUUCUAAUAAUCGUGAGAAAACAAGGAGACAGCAGAAGGCAACAUCUUUUGAUAAAUAUUGAUCCAGAUGAUACAAUAAGUUGUUUGAAGAAGAAGAUAAGGCGACAUUUGGAUAGUGACGAGGAGUGCAAUAUCCUCUUUACUGGUAGACGGUUGGAUGACGCUAUGAAAAUCAGAGACUUGAAAUUGGGUCCUAGCACGUAAGUUGUAAAACCCAUAACAAAAAAUAACUUACAGAUCGCUUACUGCAACUAUGAAAGCCUCAGAAAUUGAUGGAUUCGAAAUUGUAGAAAAAGAUUACAGUUCCGACAAUAUUGUGAAACCCCGGCCUUUGACAACUUUCAAUGUAUACUGCAAAAAUUGUGCAGGAGUUCAGGCAGGAAAACUCCGGGCCACUUGUAGUGUAUGUUCGUCUACAUCUAUUCUGUUCACUCAAGAACCAAACAACCAUGAAGACUUAAUUCUAAGGUAAUUAAACGUAUAAAAUGGACAAUGCUUGCUUUAGCAAUAGGAUCACUGUAAGAUGUCUUGACUGCGAUACGCAAACGACUUGUAAAUUUGAUUUUAAAUGUGGGGAAUGCAACGAACCUUCAACGUUGCUCUAUCACAUAGUCCCCAACCGUACCCGCAACGAAUGUGUGAUAUGCGGCGAGGUGGAAGGAACAGUUUUUUCAUUGCCUUGUCAACAUAUAUCAUGUAUUCCUUGCAUCACCGCCUAUAUGGAACAAAUAAUGCGACAGUGGCUAUUCGUUUACAAAAGAGAUGUAGGGUUUACCCUCUCAUGCCCCAUGGUCGACUGUGCAGGUAAAUAAAUACGAACAGUAGAAGAUUCUAGUGGGUCUUUUAAAGUAACGAUGAAAUUAUAGCUACAGUGACCGACCCUCAUCAUUUUUACGUUUUGGGAAACGAUUCUUAUCGUGAAUACCAGAAUAAAAGUGCCCAGAAAUACCUGGAGAUGCAAGAAGGCUCAAUCUACUGCCCCUUUCCCGAAUGCAAUGCCGGCUUCUUUGUCCAGCCAGAUUCUAUGAUUCCAGAAUCCGAUGCCAAUUAUGUACUAUGUCCUGAAUGUAAUCGGAAGUUUUGUGUGAAGUGUAGGAACCGAAACGAAUGUAUUUGCGGGAUCGAAGAUCAGUCCAUCACUCUGGUCAAUGCUCUUAGCAAACCAUGUCCAAGAUGUCGAGUACCUACAGAACGGAAUGGAGGCUGUGCUCAUAUGAGAUGUCUCAAUUGCACAUUUGAAUGGUGCUUCUUAUGUGAAAGUGCUUGGACUGAUGGAUGUCAAUGGGACCAUUGGUUCGAUUAGGAAUCUCCUCGUUUUAUUGCAAUAAAUGUAUAUAAGCAGUUUAACGCCACCGUUAUUUAUUGUAGACAACGUUGAAAUGAAUCACGAAUAUGUGUUUUAUAAGAUACCGGUUUUGUGAUUGUCCGUUGUAAAAAAGAUACAUACUGUCUUGAGGAAAUAUUUUUUGACAAUUGAGAAAAUUGGCGGUUUCGUAGAAAAUCGGAAUUUGAAAGUUUGAGUUGGCACUUUCCCAGGAAAGUUUUCGUCCGCGAAUUUUUAGGCGCUUUUUUCGGGAGUUUUAGAAAAUAUGAGCUUAUAUUAUAGUAUGAGGGUGUUCCGAACUUGAAUAAUCCCUCUUUAAAACCAAUUUUAAAGUAUUGUAAGAUCACAGACGACCAUUACGAAUAAAACUAAUCGAGUUCUGCCAUUUAUUUUUAGAUAUAAUACAUUGCUAUUGUUAAGUUUUCAUGCAGGAGUGAUGGAAUUAAACCCAUGCGAAUUUGAUGAAAGCAACGUACAGGAACAGUAUCGUCCUCCCGAGACCGAACUUUAUGGCUGGAACGUCGAAUCAGGGUCAAGAGAGGUUUUAAAGGAUUUGGACAACCAAUUGUAUGUUAUUUACGAGCGGAUCGGUAUCUAGUUACUUCGUCCUAGACGUAAAUUUAAAAAUGGGAAGCUGAUUUUGACUUCAUGGCGGUCUUUUGUCUCAAAUAACAUCUACUGCUUUAGUAUUAGGUUGUUUUAGGUAUUUAAAUUUAGGAAUUUAAAUUUUACUCGACUAUAAAAUUUGUUACCUAAUUUAUGCGUUGAAUGCAAGAAAUAAGUUUUUCUUCAAAAAAUCUCAAAUUUUAGUUGGGUUAGAUGAUUGAGCUAUGUUAAUAAAAUCCCCGUCUGAAGUUCUUGGUAUGUAUAUCAUACCAGGCGAGUAGCGAUGGAAUUGUUUCGUUUCCAUUGCUCGAAAGAGGCUGUGGACGCAGUUUGCCGCGAGUGGGAGCUCCCUCGCCCCAGUCAAAAAAGCGUCGUCUCUUUCUCUCACUAGCAUAUAACAUAUCUUAAUUGUUUCAGCACCGACGACAUCCUCGAUUGCAUUGUACUUCCUGAAAACACUGACUCUGGGUACUGCGACAGCACCUUCUUGGACAUACCAUUGAUUCCAAAGUUUGAAGAGGACUACCAAUCGUUAUAUCAGAAUUCAUUCGUGGGUCAUCAUUUCCAAGAAUCAUCAUCUCCUUUCAUAUCAUCGGCCAGGCUGAAUAUUACCCACGAGUAUCCGAACCGCGAACAAGUGCUGGGGAGUUCACUUAAGUUGCAGCCCUGGGAACCGCCAGAAAACUACGAGGUAAAGGAUAAACUGAUUUCUUGUAGUUUAGAAGUCAUCACGAGAUUUUGAUUACAUAACGAAAGAUCUUCCAGGUUCCAAGUUUCAGCAUUCCUUACCCUGAGAUGUAUGAGAAGGGUUUGCGAGAAAAACCUGACGAUGAUCAUUCUUCAGACCUCCUCAGUUAUUAUUCAUUACUAGCCGGUGACAUGAGUUCAAGCCAGGUGACCUUUGGUGUAGAUGGGGAUAUGAAACCCAGUUUCUCGUCAAUUUUUGAUGCUAGUACGUUUGGAUCUCCAAUCCAAGAGGAGAUAAAAUAUUCCCGGAAGCGAGCCAAGAGGGUACACAAUGCUCCAUAUGAUUUGAAAAAAAUGGUGAUCCCACGAAGUCGAAGAGGAAGGCAAUCAAAGGAUGAAGAUCUCGCCAGGGAGUUUGGACUACCUGUUUCUGCAAAUGAAUUGUGUUUGAUGAGUCAUAUUGAUCUACAGAACCUACUGAAGCGAGAUGACUUGACCGAUGAUCAGAAAGAAAUGAUGAAAAAAUUAAGAAGAAGAGGUAAGUAAUUCGUUUUAAGACUUUUGUUCUAUUUUUAGGUCGAAACAAGAUUGCUGCUAGAAGAUGUCGGGCAAAACGAUUAACGGGUGGCCUACUAUCCGGUGAGGAAGGUGGGGAUCCGGAAGACGAUGAUAUAAUGGAAGAUUUUGAUGAAGAAGAAGAGGAAGAAGAGAUCGAGCAACCCGUUAUCCCCAAAUUGGACCAGAGUAGUCAUGGCCGAAAACGAAAACCGACUGUCAAGUUGAGUUACUGAUGGGGUUUCAGUUGUAAUUCGUUAUUGAUACGGGAGAAUCCCCUAUGUUAUUGUUCAUACCUUCGUUACUUUUGAAAUUUGUUAGCGGUAUUAAAUUUAUACGAAAACUUUUGAAUGAUUUUGGAUGCGCUUUGUUGUUCUCUGAUUGUGUACUUCGGCAUUUUAUGUUUUCAGUAAUGUUAUUCUUGAUCUGUUGAUGUCAUCUCCCGUAGAAUUGGGUAGGUUGGAGUUUGGUGCGCUGCCCUUGAUCUCUUUGCAUCAUGCGAAUGACGACCUCAUUGUCUCAGCUUCAUACUCACGCGAUGCAAUUAAUCGGUCUGGAUCAGUUUUUUUGUUUGAUGCCGAGAUGAAUAAAGUCCUGGAAGAGCCUUUAAGCAGUGCAUCUUUCCACUGUGAUUACGCCGCUGAUAAGGAUGUUGCCGUCAUGAAGUUGGCUGAUGGGAAGAUUGCUUUAUUCAAUGUGAAUCAACGAACCCUUUCCUACGAAAAGGUAGACAAUGAAGGAAUAAUGAUUACUGACGUCUCUUACCAACCCACAAAUUCAGCCAUUGGCGUAUUUAGCGAUGCAAAGGGCCGUAUUACAGUCUUUGACAAGAACUCUGGAGUCAAAACGCAACAACGAAUCGUCCAUGAAAUAUAUGGGAGUGAAGUGCCGGCAUGGUGUUGCAAGUUUUUGGAUGAGAAUACAUAUGCAACUGGAGGAGACGAUUGUUUUUUGAAGUUGUUUGACAUCAGAUCUAAUGAAAUGUCAAUGGUUUCAAAGGUACAUGAUGGUGGAGUUGUAAGAAUAAGAGAAGCUGGACAGCAGUCAAAAAUACUCACUGGUGCUUAUGACAAUCAUCUUAGGCUAUUGGAUAUUCGAAACUUAAAAACUGCCGAGAACAAUGCCAAGGUAAUAAGUCUGUCUGUUAUUUUUAUUUUUUUAGUUGGAUGGUGAUCCCUGGGACUUCAAAGUAUGUGAGAAUGGGAUGAUACUUGUGGCUGCAAUGUAUUCCGGAUGGUAUUUUUUGAAUAAAGACCUUUCCGUCAACACACACCAUGAUCUACCUGAUAGUUUAGUUUACGGAGUCGAAUGCAUUCCCUCUUCCAAAGGUGUCAAAGUCAUUUGUUCUUCCUUCACUAA